GGUUUCUAUGACACCAGCAUGGAGCAGUAUGAUGCUCAGGAGCCUAAUUUCAAGAGGCUCAGACAGCAGCAUUUGGAUGGAGAAUUACGCAAUGAGACUGAAGAGAGGGAGAGGAAGAAAGAUAAACAGAAGAUAAAGAAGAAGAAGGAGAGUGACUUGCCAUCUGCCAUCCUGCAGACCAGCGGAGUAGCUGAGUUUACCAAAAAACGUUCCAAACUAGUGUUACCCGCACCACAGAUCAGUGAUGCUGAGUUGGAGGAAGUUGUCAAAUUGGGUGUCGCCAGUGAGGUCGCCCGUCAAGCUGCCGAGGAGAGUGAAAGCGCUAACUCCGCCUCCUCCACCCUCCUCUCAGAAUACAGUGUCACCAAUACCAUGGCAACAGGGCUACGGACACCACGAACUCCUGCUGCUCAGGACAGAAUCAUGCAGAAACAAACAACACACCACAGAAUGAAUUACCUGCUGUUCUUCUCUUCACAGCAAAGGGAAAGCUUGCAGCACCUGCGACAGGGUCUGAUGUCACUUCCUGUUCCUAAGAACGACUUUGAGAUCGUUCUUCCUGAAAACGCUGAGAAAGAACUCGAAGAAACCGAGGCUGAGACGGGAUUCAUAGAAGACUCUGCAGAUGUAGAAGCACGCAAGCAGGCUCAACGAGACGCUGAAAGAGAGAAGGAGUUGAAAUUGCGGCACACUCCUGUUCAGAGGAGUCUCCCCAGACCUACUGAGGUAAACGAGUCUGUUCUCCGUCCCACCUCCAUGGAGCCACUCUCUGACCUCCAGCAGGCCGAAGAGCUCAUCAAACAGGAAAUGAUCACCAUGCUGCAUUUUGACUGCUUGCAUCACCCUUCAGCCAAUGCUGCCAAUCAGCUGCAGCGCGGCAAAAUCCGAGGCCCCACGUCUACGUCUAACAACGCGUCACAUAUUGCUUACCUGGAAAAAACCUCCUACAAGCCAAUUAGCACAGAGGAGAUGGAACAGGCAAAGUUAGUCCUGGCAGCAGAAAUGGAGGUGGUGAAGGGAGGUAUGGGCCACGGUGACCUCAGCAUGGAGGCUUACAGCCAGGUGUGGGAGGAAUGCUACGGACAGGUGCUGUAUCUGCCUACUCAGAACAGGUACACCAGAGCAAACCUGGCAUCAAAGAAAGACCGUAUUGAAAGCCUGGAGAAAAAGCUAGAUUUAUACGACUUUUAA